CCUUCUUAAUCCUCCUCUCUCCUCAUGGAUGCUCCCGUCAUUCCAUUGGAAUCCCUGGUAUGAGGCAAGAAGAAAAGGCCUCGGGUACAGAGUGGGAUAAGUGCUGCACUUUGCCAUCAUGAAGACAGCCACAGCCACCAUACUUGUCCUAGCUAUUUUCACCCUGCUCUCUUCAGGGAAGAAGUUCAGAUGGUGCACCCUGUCUGACCUGGAGCAGAGGAAGUGUGCUGAGUUAUCUAAAGUGCUCCUGGUUGUCCUACCAUUGGCUACAGUCAACUCCUUUACUAGGGUUUCCUGCAUCCGAGCUCAAAAUACUCAUGACUGCAUCGACAAAAUCAGGGUGAACAAAGCAGAUGCUGUCUCUUUGGAUGCUGGAGAUGUUUAUUCUGCAGUGAAGCUGUACGGCUUAACUGUGGUAGCAAAAGAGAUCUAUGAGGAAGGAAACUGUGUGUUUGCUGUGGCCGUUGCCCGACGAGGAUCAUUGGACAUUCAGAGGCUCGGGGGGGUGCGUAGCUGCCACAACGGAGCCAGAUGGACAUCAGGCUGGAAUAUCCCACUGGGCUUCCUCCUGGCUAGAAAUGAGCUCCAUUGGAAUGAGGAUCAGCCUCUGAGCCAAGUGAUCAGUCAAUAUUUCAAUGCCAGCUGCAUCCCCGGGGUCGGUGUCACGUCCCCUCAGCUCUGUGCUCUCUGUCAAGGACCAAAAUCCUACGUCAGGAACAAGAACCACUUCUGUGAGACCAGCAGCAGCGAGCCCUUCUACGACUCAGAGGGAGCCUUCAGGUGCCUGAAGCGUGGGGUGGCAGAUGUUGCUUUCCUAGAUCACUUAAUAAUAAUGAAUGGCACAGAUUCAGAGCAAGAGGAAUAUGAGCUCCUGUGUCCCGAUGGAUCCACAGAGAAGCUGAGCGCCUAUGGCACUUGUAACCUGGGUCGUGGGCCUGGGCGUGCCAUCGUCAGCCGCCACAACUUCCAGAAGAUCACCAAGAAAUUUCUCACCAUGAUACAGCAUCUCUUUGGGCAGAAGGGAAAAGAAAGGGACAAGUUUGAGCUCUUCGCUUCAGCGCCAUUCAGGGGGAAGAACCUGCUAUUCCGUGACGCCACCCAGCACUUGCAGCUCCUCGAGGGCAAAGCAGAGAUCUCCCAUGUCCUUGGCCUGGAUUACGUGGCCCUCCUGAAAGGACUAGGUCAUGAAGGGAGCUCGCUGGACAACAGUGUGGUCCCCUGGUGCUGCAUCAGCCGCGCCGAGCUCCGCAAGUGUGAGGAGUGGGCCUUGAGCAUCAAGUCUCACCCGCUGGUCUGUGUCCAAGCAACUUCAAUGACCAGCUGCAUCAAACUGAUCAAGAGCAACGAGGCCGAUGUAGCCACGCUGGAUGCCACGCAUGCCUACGUUGCUGGGGUAUGUGGGCUGGUGUCAGUAGCUGCAGAAUGUUACGAAGAGGCAUGUGCCCCAGCUGCUGGGAGAACAAAGAAGCUGACUCUCCUUGCAGAUAAAGAACUGCCACCUAUCUAUGCUGUAGCGCUGGCAAAGAAGAAUGCCAGGCAUCUAAAUAUCCAUAACCUGAGGGGACGUCGCUCCUGCCACAGUCACCUGUACAGUCCUGGGGGGUGGCUGCUCCUCUCCAGGUACACAGUGGGGGCUCUGGAGAACAACACUGUGAACUGUGAUAUCGGCUCUGCUUACCAGAGUUACUUUUGGAAGGGUUGUAUGCCAGGAGCAGGUGGGAAUUUAUGCAAAGUCUGUAUUGGAGAAGAUGAGAUGGAAGGGGCAAAAGUGACCAGCAGGUGUGCUGGGAAUCAUAAUGAACGCUACUAUGGAAACAUGGGUGCACUCAGGUGUCUAGUUGGCAGUCCCAAUGGAAGGAAUUUUGGGGACGUGGCUUUCCUGGAACAUCAUAACCUGCUCAAGAAUAUUAAGAUCCUGCGGAGCUCAGGUUGGGCUAAGGGUUAUACUCUAAAUGACUUUGAGCUGCUGUGUCCGGAUGGAAGACGUGUUGCAGUCACAGACUGGGCAGAUUGUAACCUGGGUCCUGUUCCCCCUAACAUUGUCAUGACACGGCCAGUGACUAUGACCAAGAUCUACAACUUCCUAAUGAAAUCUCAGGAAUCUCUGGCAAUGAAUCUGGAUUCCAAGUUCCAUCUGUUUAAUUCUCAGGAGUAUGGAGAAAGUGAUCUGCUUUUUAAAGAUGCCACUCACUAUCUUGUUCUCACAGACCACCAGGCCUAUCGGUCUAUCCUUGGAAAAGCCUUCUUCCAGCUGGCAGAAUCUGUGUUUAAUUGCACACAUGCAGACAUCUUAGAAUUCUGCAAACAGGAUAUCUGCACAUCUUAAAUAGGCAGACACGUCUACUGAUGCAACAGACAGAAGUGCCGCAAGAUAUCCAUCACCACCACCCAAGCUGAAACCAAGAGAUACCAAAACGGCUUUCACACUGAAGACUGGCUAUUUGCAGUUUCAUAACAGCAAGACAGAUAUCAUGUUCAAAUACUGAAAAAAUGAACCGUGCAGUUGCCAUACUCUUACUAAUAUAUAUGCUCCCUCUUUCCCCACCAUGACUACUGGACUAGCGAUGCUGAAAAUGCUCAAAUGUCACUGCCAUUUCCUGUCCAGAAGUGCUGUUUGUUACUUACAUCUACUCUGCUUUGUGUGAAGCAUGGCAUCACAUAGAGCAGUACAGACUGGACAGCAAAAUUUUGAGACUUGGCAAGCAGCCUCAGAAGAGUAGCUGCCAGCAAUUAAAACUCUUUAGUAGCUUCAGUUUAAUCCCAACCCGGCACAAUUUAUCAUCUUUGCAGGGAGGUCAGAGGCUACACUGUAGGCAACAUCAGGCUUAGGAAUAAUAAUUCCUUCUUCUGCUGGCCAUAUACAGCACACAGGUUAUUGCUUUGUUCCUCUAACUUGCUUUAUUUAUACUACAUUUCCAUUAAAAACAUCUGGGAUAACUGCAAUAUUACUUUUGAAUGCAUGUAUCUUGCUUCAGCUAGCUACGCUGCACUACCUUUAUAUUUUCCUCUAGCACAGACAAGCAAUACGUGUAUUUAUUUCUGGUUUAUUUCUCUUUUGUUUGUAUGACCAACCAAGAACAUGUACCAAAUGAAUCAAUACAUUUUGCAUUUAUCUCUCGGCAAAUUAACACUCUGUAAUGACUAAGUUGUUUCUACCAUCAGAACCAGGU